CCAAACUAUACACAGCAUGCAACUUGCCAGCAUAGAUGAGUUGAAGCAAUGGAAAGGUCUCCUAGAGAAGAAACUUUCGACUUCACAGCCCACUCUGGAAAUCAGUCAUUUGGAGAAGAAUUUAGAACAGCUAGAGAAAUCACACACUGAAAAGUGUUUUAAAGCAGAACUGGAAAAACUAAGAACUGAAAUAGAUUGGAGAAGGGCUCGCAACAAUGCAGAUGACAUCAUUCUUGAUGCAGACACAGCCCACCCCAACAUCUUCAUUUCUGGGGAUAAGAAGAUUUUGAAACAUGAAGCCCAACCUCAGAAAGUUCGAGAAAAGCCAGAGAGGUUUGAUUCGACUGUCUGUGUGUUGGGCUCUGAAGGAUUCUCCUCUGGAAAGCACUACUGGGAGGUAGAUGUUGGGAGCAGCACUGACUGGGACCUGGGAGUGGCCAGAAAAUCCAUAAAGAGAAAAGGAAAACUUUCCCUGUCUGCUAAAGAGGGAUUCUGGGCUCUGGGUGUGAGUGGGAAAGAUUAUUGGGCAAAAACAGACCCAUGGACCCGGGUCCUGGUGCAGAAAAAGCUCAAGAAAAUUGGAGUUUACCUUAAUUACCAAGAUGGGCAGGUGACUUUUUUCAAUGUAACUGACAUGUCUGUGUUGUUCACAUUUAAUGAUUGUUCAUUCUCAAGUGCUGUUUAUCCAUUCUUUAAAAAUUCCCACAAAGAAACAAUAAUGAGAAUUUGUUCUAUAAAAGAAGACUGAUCAUUUUAAAAUGUUGUGAGAACUACAGAGUAAGUCCAUGAACCACUAGGUAACCACCACUAGGAAAUCUCAUUGAUAACUUUAUUCUUUGUCCCCCAGGACCUUGAUGUCUGGGAAGGAAAUAUUUGAACCACUCCAUUGUCCAGUUGUACAUAAUCUAUUAUCAAAACUAAGUAAUGGAGAAAAGGGAAGACAAAAUAAUAAUAAAAAAUAUAAAUCAAACAAAAAUAAAAUAAGUAAAUGUAAAUAUAAAAUUGUCGUAUCAAUUCAAUUAUCAGCGUAACUAAAUAAAAACAAUAUCAAGUAACUCCUCUAUAUACUCUAACAAGCUGAGGUGAUGGCAGUCCAUUUACCUAUCAGCCAAAGCUACUUGAACUUUGUCUCAGUUAGGUCUAAUCUUGUACUCCAGGCUGGUACAAAGGGGAGAAAAACAAACCAAAAGCUAAAGCUGAUGUAUGAGACACAGUUUAAAUGCCAACAAUGAGCUGCCUCCAAGAUUUCAGUGGUUAAAUGAUAGUAAUACUAAUAUGGUCACAUGGAAUCUUCCUAAUAAUUCAGGAUAAGGGAAAUAUUUAUAUUUAACAAGGCCACAAUUAUAAUUAAUGACAAUUUCUUAGAUUUUAAAUUAAUUUCCAGCUUGAAAACAAUCACUUAGAAUGAUUUAGCCAUACACCGAAAUGAAAAUUCCUCAAUAUUUUUUUUGUUUCUAUAUUUUGCAAGCAGAUGUUUCACUUUAUUGAUUGGUGAUGUAACAGAUUAAAUUUGAACAGGUGCUUUAACAUCAAAAUCUGAGUGAAAGCUUAGACUUUAACCUUAAAAGGUCAUUUACCGUAAAAAUCAUAAUUUUAGGUUCACAUUUCAGGGUAUCACUAGUCAUGUUAUCAUGAUGUAUCUUUGAAA